AUGUCUACUCCAAAGCCAGACGCAGCUACAAAACCUGCGGUCAGCAAUCUUAGCACUGAGAAACCUGCCGAUGGUUUCAAAGCCCAGACACCAGAGGCCAAGCGAAAAUGGCUAGAACAACACGCAUCGCCGGAUGCCCCAGAUGUGGCACUUUGGGAUAUCUACAGUUCCAACAAGACUAUGAACGCCAACUUGAAACUCGUGCGAGACGCCCUCGACGGUGUGCGGACCAAUAUCGUCAAUAAACAACUGGACAAGGGAAGCGCCAAGGAGACAGCAGUCAAUGCCAUCUUCGAUACACUUACGGUAGCCCUGAAAGCGUACGCUAGAGCUGUGUACAAUGCAGCCAAAGACCUCGAUGAUACCGGGGGAUUUCAAUCUCAUCAGUCUACUCCCGAUCUGCAGGAUCCGGACGCGGAAGUUGACGACACCUCUCCCAAGGCCCUUAAGACCCAGCUCCUUUCUGUUCUGUCUUUGGUAGAAAGUGCUGCCCCAUUCCUUCAGAAACGCAACUCCCGACUAGGUAUUACUUAUGCGGAGCUGAUUAACACAAUAGUUGAAGCUUUGGGCGAGCUCCUUGUUGAAUUGGUAUUCACCACUAAACCAGACAAAACAAACACAGCCGCUCUCAAUAUCACCUCUACUGUAGAAGUAAAUGAGCAACAGAUCGACACCACGAUGCCUACCAUGUUCAAAAGUCUCCAAGAUCAAGUCGACGAUAAUCUCGCAAAAUCUACUGCAGACCUAGACCUGACCCCGGUUGAAGGGUAA